CAAAAUUGACUUGAUUGAAGUCAAAUGACUUAUGAAUCAAAGAUGAUUUGACCUACAUUGAAUCAAUCCAUUUUCCACUUCUAAAUUUGCUACUUAUUCUAUUAAAAUUUCUCAUAAACAAAACCUCAAAAACAAUUAAUAAAGCUCAUAUAAAAAUGAGUACCGUGUUAUGUCUCUUGCCCUCUUGGCUAACUUACAUGCUUAUGUCUACGUGUCUAGUCCAUGGUAUAUAUCAUACAGUAAAGUCAUACUAAGUCAAAGCAUAUUAAUUUUCUCACGUCCACAAUGUCAACCGUUUUAAAAAAAAAUAAAAAAAAUUACUAAUUAUGCUCUAUAUGUUGUUAGUAAAAGACCACUAAUUAUGCCCUAUAUUGUUUGUAUGCAUUUAUUUUUCAAAAUAGGUCAUAUCGACAAGAUCACGUAUCGACAAGACGACAAUAUCAUAAACUAGUUCGAACUAGUGCCAUCAUUUAACUCCAAAAUAUCCCUAAAACAAAAACUCCAAAAAUCGAAAAAAGAAUAAAUAAAUAUUGCAUUAGAAAGGCCGAAAUACCGCCAUUAAAAAUUGUCACAUUUUUUUAAAAAUUUCACCCAAAAUUAUUUUCCCCAAAAAAUUGGAAAAAUGCGAAAUAAAGGAGGGAAGCUUCUGGCGCCAUAAUACCAAAAUAUUCGCAAUAAAUAUAUUCUCCUUCAUUCAUGCACUCUCUACUCUCUGACACAUUCAAACACUCCAUUUUAGAGAGAGAAAUAAAACCCAGAAUUUAGAGAGAGAAAGCUUGGUUCAAGCAACAAUGGUGAUGACCUUGAGAAAAAGGGUUCCUUCAAUUGCACCACAAUCUGAGUCUGAUUCUGAAACCCCACCAAAAAAGAAGAAAACCCAGAAAAAUUCAAAAUCCACUAAGAGGAGAGAGACUUAUUCCUCUUCUGAAUCAGAAUUCAACUCAAACUCAGAUUCUGAGAAGGAAAAUGAGCGUUCAAUUGAGUAUGAGAAGAUUCGAGAACAGAGGAUUCGAGAAAACAGAGAGAGAAUGGAGAAAUUGGGGAUUUUUACUCUUUCUUCUCAAGUUUUUAAUGGUAAUCAAAAGGUGGCUCGUCGCAAAAACCCUCCUCCUCAGAAGAAGCGUUACCCUCCUCUUUAUCCUCGUGUUCGCGAUCGUUCGUAUGAUUAUGCGAGGAGGUCUUCUAGGUUGAAGGAAAUGGAGACUGAGAAAUCAUUGAAAGAGAUGGGAAUUUCGAUACCGGAAGAUUGGACGACCGAGGUUUAUACUGAAGAAGAUGAGAAGCUUUUGGGUGAUUGCGAGACGAUUUGGAGCUUGGAGUUGGAGGCUGAUGGUCUAGACGAGGACGGUGACCGGCUUUAUGAUCUUGAAAGGCCACCUUGUCACCAAUGCAGGCAAAGGCGUGCUGGGAAAUUUACCUAUUGUGGUAAAUGUAGGACUCCCCAUGGGCAGAUAUGUGGAGAAUGCUUGUACACUAGGUAUGGAGAAAAUGUUCUGGAAGCUCGCCAAAAUCCAACUUGGUCAUGCCCAGCUUGUCGAGGGAUGUGUAACUGCAGCCGGUGCCGCCGGACUAAGGGAUGGGAUCCAAUCAAUAUUCCACACUCUAAGGUCAUUGAAUCAGGAUUCAAAUCAGUAGCUCAUUAUAUUAUCUUAACUCGACGUGUUGGUGCUACACCAAAAGAGUUGAAUGAUGGAGCUGAGGUGGUUGAUUUAACACCGGAAGAGAUAGCAGCAGCACCACGUGAUGAAGGCUCUGACUAUUCUGCUGAGUGGUCAGGAGCUGAAUCUGAUGAUUCUGACAGUGAGGAUGAGACAAAGGGUGAUAAGAAUAACGAGGAGCAGCCUGAUAAGAAUGAUGAGGAGCAGCUUGAGGAGAAUCAAGUUGCUUCUGCUGCGAAAUCUAUCGAAGCUGCUGUUGCUACUGAUAGAGAUGAAGUUCUUUAGGAGCUUAAUUGUCAAAAACUUGCAUCUUUAGCCUGAAAUGAAGAUUGUUCACAGCUUCUUGGUAAAGUUGAUACAAUAGAUUAGCUAGAGUUGCAGUAGGUUUAGUCUUUUGAUCUAUAGGAGUUCUUGAAGCCUUUUACCCUUAUUUGGCUAGUAUAUACUAGAAUUUCCGGUGUAGGAUAAUGCUGGCUUUACCUGUUUUAGGAAGUUGCAUAACUUUUGCAAUGAAGUUGCUUAUGCCUCCUUGGCAGCUUCUUAUCCUUGUAUAUUUUUAGGUUGUUUGCUUAUUUUCCAAUUGUCCCGGUUAGCUCGAUCUUUGUUUUGGUUUUUGGAUUCUUGGGACCCUGGGAGUCAAUUUUGUAUAUAGUUAUUUCUUGUUUCCAAUGAAAGGCUAAGUUUUGUAUUGCAUUA